GGUGUUUUGGUCUUGAAAUAUCCUGAAAUGAUUUGAAGACAUGGAGCUAUUGAAUAUAGAUCGCCCCGUGAUCAAUUUGAUAGAUUUUUAACGUUUACUAAUACCUAAAGUUGCAUUACAAAAGUAUUUCGAAGUGUUUUGUGAAAGUUUAUCGUCGACUUUUUUCAUUUCAAAAAAUGACGUUGCGUUAUAAAACGCAUUUUUUUUCCUUGAUCACACAGUCUUCAUAGAUCAAUAUCUAAGCUAUAUAUGGACCGAUUUAAUCGGGGAAAAAAGACCCAAAUAGUGAUGUUUAUGGGACAUCUAGGAGUGCCAACAAAGAAGAUUGUCAAAGGGUCACUGCACUCAGAGCGAGCUACCGUCAAGCGGGGCGUCUCGUUGAACUCGGCACAGUCUGGAGACUAUGGAGUCACCAUAUGCUGCCUGUCACUCACAGAGCUACGAAGGCAGCAGCCCUAUAUACAUAAAUACCAACCGUAUUUCAGGUUGGCCUCCCCAUUGCGCUGGUAUCUGGGACCUCAAGAUGUACGCCCUUGAUGAACUCAAACCCAGAAGUAUAAUGAUGGACUUAAGGCCCAACCAAGGUCAAGGCUUCAGGAAUGAUGUGUUUUCAGUUUGAUGUUCCAUAUUUUUCCAUAGUAGGACUGACAUACAGAGGCGGACUUAGUUCUAUGUUUUUCCAGUUUCUAAUGUAACUGAUUCUGAAUGCAAAUCUGAUGAUUAAACAGUUUUAUAGGGCGUAUACACUGUGUAAUUGCCUAAAAUGAAACAUAUAUAUAUAAUAGAAACUUAUAUAUAAUAGGUAUUUUUUAAUUGUGGGAUAAUAAUAAUCAUAGCAGUUCAUUUACAAGGGGAAAGGGCCCUUAUGAGGGUCCUCAUCUGUUGAAAUGUGUUAAAUGGAUCUGUGAGAUCCAUGUAAAGGUUGAGCCCCCCAGAUAGAAUAUGAAGACUUCAAGAAAUUAGCUUUAAAACAGCAACAUUUUCUCUCAGCCUCAUGGCAAAAUGUGUAGAAUAGCAUGAGAUUAGCUUUAAAACUGCAAAUUAUUCUCUUUGCCCAAUGGCAAAAAUAAAUACCCCCCCACCACAAAAAAAAGUACUUGUCAUUCUGUGUAGCUCUGCUGAAACAUCAAUCUCUUCCAUUCCUGCUAAAAGAAUCACAGUCCUGCAGGCAUUAUUUUGGACCGUGUCAAAUGACAAGUUAGUCACACUAAAGGUGCAGCUCUCAUUCAACUAUCUAGUCCACAUGUCUUUGGGUCCCCCCUCGGGCAGAAGCAGCUGGCAUCUUGACAGUGCUGUUAUCCAUAAAAGCUCCAGCAGCAGCAGACAAUUGCACCAACCAUUGACUCCACCAGCAGAACUUGCCUCCCGAACCCUUUCUCUCUCGCAGGAUGGCUGCUUCUCUCUCUGCAGGCAAGCAUGAGACUCUCCCAGGGCCGGUGCAGGACACCCAACAAAGUGUGAAGGAGCGCGGCCAGUGGGAUAGCAAAAUGGAGUUUAUUCUAACUGUGGCUGGCGCUAUUAUUGGACUUGGCAAUAUAUGGAGAUUUCCCUAUCUUUGUUACAAGAACGGUGGGGGGGCGUUCUUCAUCCCGUACAUCCUGUACCUGGUGACCUGUGGCAUCCCUCUGUUCAUCCUGGAAACGGCUCUGGGCCAGUACACUAGCCAGGGUGGCAUCACCUGCUGGAGAAAGAUCUGCCCGGUGUUUGAAGGAAUGGGCUAUGCCGCCCAAGUGAUUACUAUAUAUGGAUGUAUGACCUACAUUGUGAUUCUGGCGUGGGCUUUCCUCUACCUGUUCUCAUCCUUCACUGUUGACCUGCCAUGGGCCAACUGCAACAAUGCCUGGAACACAGAUGCUUGUGUGACAUUUGGCACCAAGAAUGCCAGCAGCAAUUGGACUGGUUCUCUCCUGAAUUCGUCAUCUUCCGUUGUGGAGUUUUGGCAGCGGCGAGUGCUGCGGAUAUCAGAUGGGAUUGAGUCCUUGGGAAGUAUUAGAUGGGAGCUGGCUCUGUGUCUUCUACUGUCAUGGAUUGUCUGUUACUUCUGUAUCUGGAAAGGAGUGAAGUCUACUGGGAAGGCAGCGUACGUCACGGCUACCUUCCCCUAUGUCAUGCUAGUGGUGUUAUUUGUCAGAGGAGUGACCCUUCCAGGAGCUGAAGAUGGCAUCUUCUACUACUUGUAUCCCAAUACAACACGGCUAGCUGAUCCACAGGUUUGGAUGGAUGCAGGAACGCAGAUAUUCUAUUCUUACGCCAUAGGCCUGGGCUACCUGACUUCUCUUGGAAGCUACAACAAAUACAACAACAACUGUUACAAAGACUCCUUCUACCUGUGCUUGUUGAACAGUGGGACCAGCUUCGUGUCUGGUUUUGCCAUCUUCUCCAUACUGGGUCAUAUGGCUCGAGAACAGGGUGUGGACAUCUCUGUGGUUGCUGAGUCAGGUCCUGGCCUGGUGUUCAUAGUGUACCCCCAGGCAGUGUCCCUGCUCCCCUGCCCUCAGUUCUGGGCUGUCUGUUUCUUCUCCAUGAUCAUCCUAUUGGGAGUGGACAGCCAGUUUGUCGGCCUUGAGAGCCUAAUGACCUCAGUAACGGACGUCUACCCAAACCUCAUCAGAAAAGGCUACCGGAGGGAGAUGCUGCUGCUGCUCAUCUGCUGCUGCUGCUACCUGGUCGGACUCAUCAUGGUCACAGAGGGUGGCCUCUACAUCAUCCAGCUGUUUGACCAUUAUGUGUGCAGUGGUGCCACUCUGCUGCUCCUCUCCAUAUGCCAGUCACUCAGUAUUGGAUGGAUAUAUGGUGCUGAACGCUUCUGUGACAACAUUGAGGAUAUGAUUGGCUAUAGGCCCUCCUCCCUGGUCAAGUAUUGUUGGCUCUACAUUACCCCUACUAUCUGCACAGGAACCUUUGUAUUUUCCCUGCUGAAGUACAGUCCUUUGAAGUUCAACAACACAUAUUUGUACCCGUGGUGGGCCUACUGGCUAGGCUGGUUCCUGGCUAUGUCCUCCCUAUCUCUCAUCCCCAUCACCAUGGUCUACAAAUUGUACUGGGGCAAAGGGACUUUCUGGCAGCGCCUCCAGACAAUCUGUCGGCCAGCAGAUGACCUUCCUAUGAUGAUGAAGGAGGAGAUGGUAGGUCUCUAUGCUCUGGACCAUGUUACUGACGAUGAGAAGACAUACAGCAAUAAUCUAUAGACUGACUGUUCUACUACUAGUUUUGGGGCUGGUUUCCCAGACACAGAUUAAGCCUAGUGGGACUGAGACCAUGAUUUUUCGUCCAGGACAAGGCUUAAUAUGUGUCCGGGAAACCAGCCUUUUUUUGUUGUCUAUUUUUGUAACUUAAAAAAAUAUAUAUAUAGAUACACACACACAGUGGCAAGAAAACGUAUGUGAUCCCUUUGGAAAUACCUGGAUUUGUGCAUAAAUUGGUCAUCAAAUUUGAUCUGAUCUUCAUCUAAGUUACAAUAAUAGACAAACAUAGUGUGCUUAAACUAAUAACACUCAAAUGAUUGUAUUUUUUGUCUAUAUUGAAUGCAUCAUUUAAACAUUCACAGUGUAGGUUGGAAAAAGUAUGUGAACCCCUAGGCUAAUGACUUCUCCAAAAGCUCAUUGGAGUCAGGAGUCAGCUAACCUGGUGGCAGUGUAGCCUAGUGGUUUGAGUGUUUUAUUAGUAACCGAAAGGUUGCAAGUUCGAAUUCCUGAGCUGACAAUCUCUCGUUCUGCACCUGAACAAAGCAGUUAACCCACUGUUCCUAGGCCAUCAUUGAAAAUAAGAAUUUGUUCUUAACUGUCUUGCCUAGUUAAAUAAAGGUAAAAUCAAAAAAACCUGGAGUCCAAUCAAAGAGAGGAGAUGAGAUGUUGGUUAGAGCUGCCUUGCCCUAUUAAAAAAACCACACGUAAUUUGAGUUUGCUAUUCACAAGAAUCAUUGCCUGAUGUGAACCAUGCCUCGAACAAAAGAGAUCUCAGUAGACCUAAGAAUUGUUGACUUGCAUAAAGCCUUGAUGUGCAAGACAAAUUGUAUAUAAAUGGAGAAAGUUCGGCACUGUUGCUACUCUCCCUAGGAGUGGCUGUCCUGCAAAAAUGACUGCAAGAGCACAGUGUAGAAUGCUCAAUGAGGUUAAGAAGAAUCCCAGAGUGUCAGCUAAAGACUUACAGAAAUCUCUGGAACAUGCUAACAUCUCUGUUGAUGAGUCUUUGAUACGUAAAACACUAAACAAGAAUGGUGUUCAGGGGAGGACACCACGGAAGAAGCCACUGCUGUCCAAAAAAAACAUUGCUUUACAUCUGAAGUUUGCAAAAGUGCACCUGGAUGUUCCACAGUGCUACUUGCAAAAUAUUCUGUGGACAGAUGAAACUACAGUUGCGUUGUUUGGAAGGAACACACAACACUAUGUGUGGAGAAAAAAGCCACAGCACACCAACAUCAAAACCUCAUCCCAACUGUAAAGUAUGGUGGAAGGAGCAUCAUGGUUUGGGGCUGCUUUGCUGCCUCAGGGCCUGGACAGCUUGCUAUCAUCGACAGAAAAAUAAAUUCCCAAGUUUAUCAAGACAUUUUGCAGGAGAAAGUUAGGUUACCUGUCCGCCAAUUUAAGCUCAACAGAAGUUGGGUGAUGCAACAGGACAACGACCCAAAACACAGAAGUAAAUCAACAACAGAAUGGUUUCAACAGAAGAAAAUAUGCAUUCUAGAGUGGCCCAGUCUCAAUUGGGUUGAGGUCAGGACUCAACCCGAUUGAGAUACUGUGGCAUGACCUCAAGAGAGCAGUUCACACCAGACAUCCCAAGAAUAUUGCUGAACUGAAACAGUUUUGUAAAGAGGAAUGGUCCAAAAUUCCUCCUGACUUUUGUGCAGAUCUGAUCCACAACUACAGAAAACGUUUGGUUGAGGUUAUUGCUGCCAAAGGAGGGUCAACCAUUUAUUAAAUCCAAGGGUUCACAUACUUUUUCCACCCUGCACUGUGAAUGUUCACACGGUGUGUUCAAUAAAGACAUGAAAACGUAUAAUUGUUUGUGUGUUAUUAGUUUAAGCAGACUGUGUUUGUCUAUUGUUGUUACCUAGAUGAAGAUCAGAUGACAUUUUAUGACCAAUUUAUGUAGAAAUCCAGGUAUUUCCAAAUGGUUCACAUACUUUGUCUCGCCACUGUAUAUAUAUUAAGAGUUUUUGGGGGCUUUGUGUUUUAUAUAGUUCAUGUAGCUGCUCAGAGUUGUGCUUGAGUAAUGUGGGGUAUUAGGUUUCAACUGCAGUAUGAUGUAUAGUGAGUGUAAUAUCAUAGUUUUAUUUGAGCUUAAUCAAUUUAAUAUCUAUAGCAUAAUGUGUGAAAUCAUAGAAACAUAUUUUUCUUAAGAUUGAAAUGAUUAGUGGGUUGAAGACCAAUCAUAAAAUAGCUACACCUAGAUCACCUUAACAUUUUGGGCCGGUUUCCCACACAUAGAGAAUCUCCAUUGAACAUGCUUUCUAGUCCAGGAUUAGGCUUAAUCUGUGCCUACACUCAGUAUACAGUAGUUCAUCAAUCCAAGGCGUUGACGUGUAUCUUUUAUUUUACCGGGUAAAUUGACAUGCAAUCACCCCAUUUGUAAUGAACUAUUCUUAUUUGAACAAACAAAAUGAACAACCUCAGGAUCUAAUUCUAAAGAAUAAUGUGAUAAACCCCUGUGUGUAAUUUGGUCACAAAAAGAUAAUGCAUUGUAGUCUACUGUUUAACUUCAAAUCCAUUUCUGAUGUCUGUAUCAUGUUGUAUCUUGCUGAAGUGUUGGUCGUGCAAUACAAAUCUACCACAGCAGGGUUUUUUAUGUAUUUUUUGAAAGUCAACAAGCACACCUGGAACAUUGUAUAUACAGGUAACUGCCAAAAGAAAGGAAACACUUGAGGGAUAAAUGGGGGAUACAAGGUCAAUUGAAAGCAGUUGCUUUCACACAGGUGUGGUUCCUGAAUUAAUUAAGCAAUUAAAACAUCCCGUCAUUCUACCAUGGCUAGAAGGAGAGAUCUCUGACUUGAGGGGUCUCAAAGGAGCAAAGAGGGGUUUAAAGUGUGUUUGGGUUGAGAUCUGGUGACUGAGACACACAAUCGAACACUUAUGGGAGAUUCUGGACUGGUACCUGAGACAGCGUUUUCCACAACCAUCAACAAAAUACCAAAUUAUAGAAUUUCUUGUGGAAGAAUGGUGUUGCAUCCCUCUAAUAGAUUUCCAGACACUUGUAGAAUCUAUGCUGAUGCGAAUUGAUGUUGUGAUGGUGGCUCAUGGUGGCCCAACGCCCUAUUAAGACACUUUAUGUUGGUGUUUCCUUUAUUUUAGCAGUUACCUAUAUCUCAUUAUAUUAACUUAUGUAGAAAUGUUCUAUUUUAUCUAAUACUGUUUUACAAUAUAUUUUUGUUAACGUUUCUGUAAUAAAAUACUUUUAAACAGAA